ACCAAAUGUUUGCAUUAUAAUACCAGAAACUAACAGGGGACCACCUGAAGCAAUGAAUAUUCAAAAAGUUUAACAUUCCAAGUUGUUCGGCUUAGUUUUUGGUCAGCUCCAGAAGCCGUUUGUAACACACAAGUACAUCACAAAAAGAAAUGAAAGAUGGCGAGUUGAAGUGGGAAAAAAUUAACAAAAAUAAAUAAGACAGUUUUUAAUAAAGCGGUGAUUUUGUUGAUUUGAAAAUAUUUUAACUGAGAUACAGUCAACUGUGAAGUUGAACCAGUUGGACGUUACCGAACUUCAAGAAAAUAUAAUUACUCAUUUUGUAGUGUCGCCAGAAAAAAACAAACCAUCGAUUCUAUUUAUUGUGAUUAUAUUAGAUUUUUUUUUUUCAUUCUUAUUUUGGUACAGUGAACUCGUCCGUAAUAUUUUUGAGAAUAGUUUCAAAAGGUUCAGUAUAUAUCGCAGCAUGGUCAAAUGGUGAUUAUGGCACCAAGAAGAGCUGAAGAAGCUCCAAUUAAAAGAGUUGCAGCUUUCGGCUGUAGAUUACCGACACGUUUACCUGCUGGUGAAAUUCUCACAGAUAUUACUCAAAAUCAAUGGAGGCUUGGUAAGCCGAUUGGGUGCGGUGGAUUUGGUGACAUAUAUUUAGCUUCAAAUGAUAUUGAUCAUAACGUCAGUGAUGAUGCCAAAUAUGUCAUAAAAAUUGAGCCGCACAACAACGGGCCGCUCUUUGUGGAAAUGAAUUUCUACAUCAGAGCAGCUAAACAACAAAUGAUUGACACAUGGUGCCAGUCACAGGGAAAAGAACGGAUCGGUGUACCGACUUAUGAAGGAUCGGGCUCUCAUUUUUAUCAAGGAAAACGGUACAGGUUCCUCGUCAUUCCUCGCUACGGAACUGACGUUGGCAAAUUGUUUUUAUCAUACGACAGAAAACUUCCUACCAAAAUAGUCAACAGUCUUGCCAUACAAAUGUUGGAUGCCUUGGAAUACAUCCACAGUCGAGGAUAUGCUCACGCAGAUGUCAAAGGUUCCAACAUAAUGUUAGAGCUCAGUGACGAUUAUACGGUGACAAAAAAUUUAAGAGCCUACCUAGUUGAUUACGGGCUUACUUAUCGUUUUCGUACCCGCGCUGGAAUCCACAAAUCUUUCGUCCACGACGAAAGGCGAGCCCACGAAGGAACACUCGAAUUUACGUCCCGUGAUGCUCAUCACGGCACCCAUUCAAGGAGAGGUGAUAUGGAGACUUUAGGAUAUAAUUUAUUACAAUGGCUUUGUGGAAGGUUGCCAUGGGAGCAAGAAAGUGGCGGUAUGGCACCUUCUAGUAUACCGGAAGAGGUUCACGCUCAAAAAGAAACGUUGCUUUCUGACAUUCCGUUGUUCAUGCGGGAGUGCUUUCCUAGAAAGAAAAAACCUCCUGCUGCCAUCACGACUUACAUGAAAAGGAUAGCUGCCUUGGAUUUUGAGGAAAAGCCUGAUUACGAUAACCUUCGGAACUUAUUUCGACCGAAAGGCUAUGACGAAGAAAAACCUUUGUCGAUUUAUAAGAAACGUGUUGCUGACGAAAAUAUUUCGGUUUUUCAACCUUUCAAAAUGCCCUAUCUCCGGGAAAGAAGACCCUGCAAACCGGUCAACGGAGAGGCAAGAAUAACCAGAAAUACUCCGGCCCCUCCGCCUCCCAUAGAAAAAAUACAUUUCAGUUGGGAAGAGGUAUUGGCACGUCAUCCCGACCGACUAGCAAAAGUCAACUCUCAGCCAAUUUUGUCACCUUUGACUCCCCCUCCGUCGCCUCCACCGCCGUCUCUUCCAACAUACGCAAUGCUCGACGUUAUGAAACGUAUGAAAGACCGACAAGCCGGCAUUUACAGACAAAAGCCUAAAGUCUCCGAUGACCUAAAAUUGAAAUGGAUGACACCGCCGAUGAUAGAAAUAAUCCAAAUGAGAAAAAAAUCCCAGCAAGUGCCGGAUUCAUUGCCAAACGAUGCAGCCUCGUCGCCACGUUUGACGCGUUCUCGCGUCGCGCAUUUAAAACGAUUGGGCAGAAAUAGGAAAGGAGCUCAGAAGAAGAAAAAAGCAGCCUCUCACUGAAUCACGGAGGAUCCUUGGAAUCAUCGAUUUCGCCGGACUUCGAACGGUAUCGAUUUUGAAACAAGCAUAAUAUCGCGAACAAUCUUCAUUUACACAUUUAUUUGUCGAUCGUAAUAUACAUACAAUCUACAAUUAAUUCAAAUUCUUAGAUUAGCCGAUGGUAAAUAGUGCAGAAAAAUUUCUUGACGUUCCUGCGAGAAGGAUAACUGGUUAAUUUUUAAGUAAAAAAAAUGAAAGGGAUAAGCUAGGUAGCCUUGUCUCGCCAAUUUUCGUAAGACUGUUCCUGUCAUCACGGUUUAUAUUAUUCCACGAUUAUAGUUUUUUUCCUUUACCGUAUGUACAUAUAAAAGCCUUUCUUUCAAUAGAUUCGAGUCGUUGGAUAUAGAAUGUUAAUGAAUGUGAUGACAGUUCGUACUAGAUCAUGAACUCCCAUGUUUAAGUACUGCGAACUAAAUAGAUUUCUUCCGAAGGAAAGAACCACUGGAAAAAAUCGAUCGUGCAAAAGCCAGUGAUGAAUUAUUGUAAAUCUUUAACAGAAAUAUUUCGAAUCAUGAUCAGGAGCUAUUGGAUUUAUUCUACCGUAAAAUCUGUACUUAGAAUCAUUUUUCGAAGAUUUUUUUUUCAUCAGCUCCGUCACUGUUUCAGUACUUUUUGUAUAUAGUUAGAAUAUAUUACCAACUUAAUUCUGUGAUUGAUUUUUCAUGGAAAAACGAAACGAGUUUGUUUUUAAAUGCUCCAUGGACUUACUUUGUCUUUAAUAAUUUUUUCUCCGCCAACACUUCUUUGAUCAGGAUAAAUGGGAAGUGCAACGCAAAUCUAAAAUGUCACGUGUACCAAGCGCUAUUGAUUGGCUAAUUUCGAUUGAACUUUAUUACGAAUUUCUAAUGAUUGCGCAUUUUUUCGAACCGUGCGAUAGAAUAUUUAUCUACUUUUUAUUACUCGUAUGAAUAGCGUCACAAAAUAGAUUAUUAUAAAAUGAGAGGGAAACAGUAAAUCGUGAAUAUUGGUCUUACGAGAAUAUUAUAAAAGCUAAUCGGACAAAAGAUAUUUAAUUCAUCGUCGUUACGAUAAUAAGCUCGUAAUAAUGAAAUUUUUGAUGUAAAUAUUACGUAAAAUUACGAAGAGUCAGUAAGUAUAAGAGCCCCGCCAUCUCUCUUUCCAUGUUAUUCAUAUUGCAGUAUAUUCUUUGAGUUUUCAAAUGGUCAGAAAUGUGAAUUUGACUUCGCAACCAAAUUUCGAGUCAAGAAGUUCAUUUUUAGGUCUGAGCAUCCUCGAUGAAUUGUUAAUCAGUAAAUACGGAAAAUUUUGGCUUAUUAAAGGUGGUUCGUUGACUAUUUUUUAUGGAAAACUAAAGAUUCUCAUGAUCAAAGUUGAAUUUUUGUCCAUGCCAGAUGUUUGGGAACUUCUUAACUGAAAUUCGGUCGAAACUCGAGUCCACAUCAUUGACAAUUUAAUCUGGAACAUUCUGUAAAUAGAAAUAUUAUUUUAUUUGUGAUAAUUGAUAAUGUAUUGAACCUUGAAAAAGUACGAGGUUUAAGGGGAGCAACAGAAAAACGCUCUUCCUCGUUCAAUCGUCGAACAUGAAAUUCGAUUAAUUUUCUUGGCACUGAAUAAUUUAGGGGCGAACCAGUCGAUAUUGAGCCCCUUUCAAAGAAAAUCGAAUCUCAUCCAUCAUAAAAUUUAUUUUUUUUAUGUUCAUUUAAUGUUUUUUAAAAAAGUUGUCAUUAUUUUUAGAAUAUUGUGUAUUCGAGCAGUAAUUCUUUCAUCUCGUGUCGAAAAUGAUGAAAAUCUGGGAAAAUGAAAAAAAAAAUAUUGUCAACUUUGUUUUUUAGAGCAUGUGCGUCUCUAUCAUUGCAAUCUGAAUCAUCGAUGUAGCUUUUCUAUAGUAUAUGGAUUUCCGUUCCCAUGCAAAGGAGUUUUCGGCUUUAUUUGAAUAUUUUUCACGUGCAAAUCUAUUCGUAGCUCGAAUUCGAGCAAAUGACUCAGUGAGAUGAGGAAUAAGUGAUUUUCAAAUGGUAGUUAAUAUUAGUUUGAUGUAAUGAAAAAAAGUAUCGAAAUUUCAAACAAAAUUUGUCAAGCUCUUUCAAUAUUGUUAUGUAGUUCUCUUUUUCGAAGGAAUGCAAAAUUGUUUAUUGGUGUUCGAUAAAGUAUCCAUGAAAUUUAAGGGGAUCGUUGAGAGCAUUGAGUCUCUUUAGGCAAUCGAGCAAUAAUUUGAAAUUCAUUUUUUCUUCACGUAACUCACAAAUUUACAAUCCCUAAAUCUUGUAAAAUCUUGAAAAUGAAGAGAAAAAGGAGAAAGAAUUGACAAAGCGUUUGUAAAGCUUCUUCGAAAAAUAUAAAUAUUGUGUUUUUUUUAUUAUUAUUUGUUACACAUGUAUUAUGAUUUGUCAAAACAAACGAUGCGAAAGAGAGAAUUAAGAAAUAGACACUCAAGUAUUCAACGA